AUGGCGCGGAUAAUACUGUCCCGCAAAACCACGAAUCUCCUGGUGUUUAUCCUGUUCGUGGUGAUCGUGGCUUCAGUGUUCAAGAUCAGUGUGCCUGAUACUUCCCUAGACCCAGCGACCCUCUACCACCACGCCACCGGUCACGACAAGAACGAACCGGACUACUGGGAAUGGGAAACAACCACACGUUUCGCUCCUAUCAAGAAUCAGUUCACCGCCAGUUCCAGCGCUGAUGACGACCACCUGUGCGACUCUUUCCCCACCUAUGUGUUGUCACGCAUCCAGGUCGUGCUGAAGAUCGGGGCGUCCGAGCCCGCCGAUCGCGUGGACGCUCAGAUCUCGACCGUCACCCGUUGUAUACCGAACCUCCUCAUCGUCUCCGAUCGCGAAAGUGAACUCAAAGGUCAUCGCGUGCACGACAUUCUUGCGACGCUUCCCGAAUCAUUUCGCUUCAAUGUGACGGACCUCGAGCCCUACGAAGCCUUGAGGCGAGGCGAUGAGAAGGCGGUGGGGAGCAACGAGGGCUGGUAUCUCGAUCGCUUCAAAUUCUUGCCCAUGGUCGAACGCGCUCAUGAGACGAACCCGACCGCGCAGUGGUACGUUUUUCUGGAGUCUGAUACUUACUAUGUGUGGGACAACCUCUUCCGUCUUCUCGAUCAGUACGACCCGUCGGAACCUUUGUAUUUUGGUUCGCCAUCGCCUGGACGUGAGAUUUCCCAGGGAAAGCCAAUGUAUUUUGCGUACGGUGGCGCCGGGUUUGUACUCUCCGGGGGUGCGAUGAAGAAGAUGGUGCACAGGCAUCACGGCUCAAUGGGCGAAUGCAUCGAGCCAUCUCUGAGUCUGCAGUAUGAGGAUAUAGUGAAGGGUGACUGUUGCGGGGAUUCCGUGCUGGGUUGGGUGUUGUACCAGAAGGGCGUCAAGUUGUCGGGGCUGUGGCCCAUGUUUAACCCACAUCCGCUGCAUAGCAUUCCGUUCGACAACGCGUACUGGUGUCAGCCUGUAAUUAGCAUGCAUAAGACUAUGUUGUCAGACAUGAAGGGGCUGAUCGAAUGGGAGAACCAACGAGAUCGCAAGAAACCUUUACUAUACGCAGAUCUGUUUGAAUACACGCGCAUGGGGACAUUCGAAAGCAAACCUGACUGGGACAACGGGGACUGGGGUGGUUUCAGAGAGCCCGACGAGUCACCGGCACACAUGUCCAUGGAAGCCUGUAGGACUGCAUGCCACGAGCAUGCGGAAUGUUUGUCGUACACCUACGAUCAUUCCGGCCAUUGUAUCUUGGUGCGGACAAUGCGACUGGGUCAUAGUAAGCCGCCCACCAACGAAGUGCGACUCUCCGCCGGUUGGGAUGUGUCGAAAAUGCGGAAUUGGCGAGCGUCGCAUCAAUGUGAGAAGCCUAUGUGGGUAAAACCGAGUAUUACACGGAUCUUCUAG